GGUCGGCUUCCGACGAAGGGGGCGAGUUCACGUCAUUGCUCCAUCAAGGCUUGCGGGACGAUGACGGCGGAGGAGUUGAUCUGAGGUUCGAGUUGUGUUCUGGCGGCGGCAGGGAGGCGAGUCGUACGUUCAUCAUCGACGUAGAUCUUUCGGCACGUGGCGUUAAGCAUGGUGGAAGUCUGCAUAUGGAGCAGUCCACACGCUGCACUCGUGACUAGCCCGGUCGGGCCAUUGCCAGCGGGACAGCAGCAUGGAUCGACUGCUCCGUCCGUCGAUCGAUUAACACCGACCUGGCCCGCACCCCCCGGGGUGGCAGCAGGGCCCCUGCGCAUGGGCGGUGCACGUUCGUUGAUGCCUGCGUACACAACACCGGUCGAAUCCGGAGUGAAGGACGAGGGAACGUGCAGAGUGCCGGUACGUCCACGACCCACUGUGGAGAACAUAACACGUGGAGUGCCGAACAUGCGUGCACACAGCGAUGGAGGCGAAGACGACGUCGGCUUCGGUGACGACGCAGACGAAGGGAUGAGGGAAGACGUGGAAGCGGGGGACGACGACGACGACGUUCCAAUUCGGCCUUUAGGGAAGACGGCUGGGACGGAGAAAGGACGCGGCAGAGGUGGUGUCCGUGGUCGAUCCGUUGGCCGUGGAGGCAGAGGUGGCGUAAGUGGCAACGCCGGGAAGUCUCCGACGUACUGGUCUGCAGAAGACCAAAUGCUCCUGGUGCGAUGCAAGCGGGAGCAAGAUAUGCACCUCGCCGGCUUGUCUCACAGUUACGGGCGGAUGAAGACGAAAGAGUGGAAGUGGGAGGACAUGUCGAAGCGGAUGGCAAAUGCGGGGAGGCCGAAGGACGCUGACGACUGCAUGAAGAAGUGGGACAAUCUGUUCCAGAACUACAAGAAAAUUCAGAGGUUUCAGAAUGCCAGCGGGCGGCCAGAUUUUUUCAGGUUGACGAACAAAGAGAGGAAGGAGCACAACUUCAAGUUCCGGAUGGGCAGGGCACUGUACAACAAGAUCCACGCGGGCAUGGUGGGGAACCACACGAUUUUCCCUCCCAACGUUGUCGACACCGGCAGUCCGGAUGGGGUGCAACUGCCCAGGCGAGGAGCGGGUGGCGGGGAGUCUGUUUGUAGUGAGGCGGCCGGUGAAGGCUGCCCUGACGAGCGUUCUUCUGCGAGGGAGUCCGACAGCAACGUAGUCAGCGGGGCGGGAGGCGGGAAGCGUAAGAACGCGCGUCAGCAGGCAUUCGAGUCCAUCUCUGAUGUCAUGGAACGCCAUGGCGCACUGAUGUCGUCGAUGAUCGAAUCGUCUAGCAAGCGGCAAUGCAGCAUCUUCACGAGGCAAUGCGACAUACUGGAGCAGGAAGUUGCCGUCCAAAAAGCGCACUAUGCGGCGUCCGAUGAGACGCAGAGGAUGAUGUGCAAAGCACUGUUGGAGAUCGCUGCCGCCAUCCGUGGUCGGUCGGCCAUCGUGCCGCAUCGUGGUGCGCGAGGUUGGUCGCAGCCGGCGGAAGAGGACAACGACGAUGAUUUCAUGACGGUGUACGAUCAAGGCGAGGCGACGGCGUCUGUUGGACGGGAGAGUGUCAGGCAGCGUACUAUGGAUCAGAGCGCUUCGAAGAGGAUGUCAACCCCUCCGCCGGAGGCGCAGCAACUGCGUGUCCGCGAAACGUGGAAAGAGAAGGGUGUUGUGGUGGACCUUGGCGGCGAAGACGACGAGCCUUUGGAGAGACUUCGCCUGCGCAGUACGACACAAGCGACCACAGCGGCGGUGUCGACGGCUCGCACUGCAGACGACGAAAGGCCGAUCACAGGUGCACUGCCCUGCACGCCGUCUCAGCCGCGUCAGCGCAACGACGGUCGUAAUGGUGCGUCUCGCCAACGAGGUGGUGGUGGGGGAGUCGUGGCAGACGCGCGUGCAGCAGGAGGGGAGGCGGCAGGCGGCGCGGGUGUGGCUGUUGCAGGUGUUGUCCCUCCCGUUCGGCCGGCGAGAGAGGAGGCUGCAGUUCCGGCGACGGUGAGAGAGGAGGGUCGUGGACAGAACACGAACCAACACGAUGGCGGCGAGGCCGCUUCAAGCCAGGCACGCAGGGGAGUAAUGACGAAUGAACUUAUCGACCGUGCGCUUCUUUGGGUGGAUGACAAAUGUUUCUGGACGAGGGGUGAAGGUCGCAGACUUUACAACAUCGUCCACGAAACCAAAGAGUACUUCGUCGCCAUCGCCAGCGGGCUUCCGCCACCUCAACUUCCGUGGAGCGUUGUCGUCCCCAAAUCCAGCACGAGGGUGGCGAGGAUCGCAGACCAAUCACAGCUCCAGCAGGCGAUCUCCCGUGCGGCGACGGUGGAGAAUAUAGCUCUGCGCAUCUUGCACGGCUGGGUUCUCAAGUCCGGGAACCGCCCAAGGGGGUACAACCUUGCGUUCCAGUACUCAUUGGAGUCCGUAGCGAUGGACAUUGCGCGUGCAAUGUGGUACGGCGAGGAGUGGCGCAACGUCGUCAGCGCGUCGAUCUGCGCCCACACGAUAGAUCUUAACAUGGACCUUCCACUGUGGUACGCCGGCGCGAAUAUCGAGGACAGACCUGAGGACGACGACAUGGCUGCGUACCAGGAGUCCACCGUCAUCAGCAUCGCGCAUUCGUUCCGCCCGGCGGUGCAAAUGGGCGCUCACAUCGACGGCGAUUUCAUCUCCUACAAGCGUCUAUGUCGGGUGGCUGACUGCUUCAGGCUGGCGGCGUCCAUGUGGAUUAUGCGCAUGGCGGGAGACGAUCCGCGCAGUCACUACGAAGCGUUUUACUUCGAGGAUCUCGUCGUCAGGCCGACACUAAUCGCCUCCAUGCAUCGGUCCUUCGAUCAUCGACGAUCCGUCGUCCGCGCCGCGAACGUCGUCACGGAGAGGCUUGGGAAGGCGAAAGUCACGCUCGGAGUGUACCCCGACUACAUCCCUGAUUGGGCACCAUGCGGCAUCGGAUUUGCGCACGACGCAACCAUCAAGGGGCCGGAGGAUGCGAAGAGGCUGGAUUGGUUGGGUUCGGGCCCCGCCGAUGAUGACAUCAAAGGCGAAGGAAAAGACAACGCAUAAGGCAGGCUGGUAUGCGGGGGGAGAGUGGGGAGACAACGCUUCUAAGAACGAAGGCGCAUGUACGUGUGGUGAGACGU